AUGGUGGUUGAUUAUUCUAAAUGGGAUAAGAUUGAAUUAUCUGAUGAUUCUGAUGUUGAAGUUCACCCCAAUGUGGACAAACGAUCAUUCAUUAGAUGGAAACAACAAAGUAUUCAUGAGAAAAGAAUGCAAAGGAAUCAAGAUAUUAAAAACUUAGAGACACAAUUAAAUAUGUACCAAUGUUUGAACAAACGUGUUGAUAAACUUUUGAAUCAAGUUAAUGAUGGUGAUGAUGCUAAAUUUUUGACUGAUAAGGAUAAGAUUUCAAAAUUUUUGAAUGAGAAUUUUGAUAAGAAUGAAAAAUCCACUGGUGAGAAUGUGGAUCCUGAUAUUGUUAGUUACAAUGAGAUGGUGGAAGAUUUAUUUGAUCAAUUGAAAAGGGAUGCAGUGAAAGAGGGGAAAGAUCCUCAAAAUGGAAAAGUUAUUAAGGAAUUGAUUUUGAAACAUAGAGCAAAGAUUGAAUCUGUAAGUAAAGAAGCUCAGACAAAAUUACAAGAAUUAUAUAUUGAGAAAAAUGCGCAUAUCUCUUCAGAAGAUAUUCAUACUGGAUUCGAUACUAGUUUUAUAAAUAAAAAUUCAACUAGUACUGAAAAGGCUAUGAGCAACGGAAGGAGUACGAAUGUUAAUAGUGAAGAAGACUCCAAGAAAGUUUUAGAAAAAAUGAUUCAUAGUACUGCAAAGAAGACUAAGGACGCUUCGAGAUUACAAUUUAUUGAAUAUACAGAUGAGGCAGAUAUUUUAAAAUUAUCACCAAAGACUGAAGAAUUUGGAUCCAUCAUUGCAAAUGAUUAUAAGAAAUCUGAAGCGUUUUUAUUAAAUAAUAUGGAAAUAAUUUCUGGACAACAAAAGGAUGCAUUAAUGAUGAAAUCUUUUGAAGUUCAAAUGGAAUUACAUGAUGAUUUGAAAACUUAUCAAAUUAUUCAUCAAUCUGAAAUUUUAGCUUAUAUUAGAGAAAUUUAUGAUUUGAAAAAAAUUCCAUUUUUAAAUCCUCAAGAGAUGGAGAAUAUUAUUACUACAUUUUUCGGUAAAGUUAUUUUAAAUCCUUCCAAUCAAAGAGGAUUGGAAUCAUUUUUAGAUUCUGUUAAGACUAAAUUUGAACAUGUUAAGUCACGUUGUAAAAUAUUGGCAAAUGAAGAAGGGCGAGAAGGUGGAGAUGAGGUAGAAGGAGUGGAAGGAGUUGAAACUAUUCAAUUAAAAUCUUUAGAUGAUUCUACUGAAUUAGAAGUUAAUUUACCUGAUUUUGGAUCUGAAAAGGAAGAAGAUAAACGUAGAAUUGAAGCAUUUAAGAAAUUACCCAUAGAGAUGCAAAAUGCUGUUAAGACACAAAAUUUAAAUGAAGUUAAUAAAGUAUUUGAAGAUAUUCCAAUUAAGGAAGCAGAAGAGAUUUUAGAAUUAUUUGGUGAAGCUGAAAUUAUUGGAGUUAGAGCCAUAUUAGAUGAUGAAAAUGAUUUUAGAAAAUUACAGAAUGAAUAUAAAAAUAAUAAUGAUAUUUCUUUUGAAGAAGGAAAUGAUAGUGAAAAAACUCAAGAUAGAUUAGAAAAUUUAUCAUUGGAACAAGAAGAUACUCAUACAGAAGAUGUUGUUGAUUGA